GCGCGAAGUGGGAGUGGUGCACCGCCCUGCUGAGAGGACUCCCAGCGUAAAGGAAGGUUGACCUUAUUAGACGCAGAUUAGACCUUCUGGCACGUUCAGGACGUUUCCUGCGUGAGAAGUCGAGGUUAUGGAUUGGGGAACAGCACUCUGGGACCAGCAUGAUGCGAUCGAGAAACACACACAGUCUGGUCUGGACCUCAUCGAUCGCUACGUGAAGUUUGUCAAAGAGAGAGUGGAAAUCGAGCAGAACUACGCCAAACAGCUCAAAACUCUUUAUAAAAAGUACACCAGACGUGGCAGCAGAGAAGAUCUGGAGACAAAGUUCUCCAAUCAGCAGGCUUUUCAGGCGCUGGUGAACAACCUGAAUGACUGCGCGACUCAGAGGGAGAGCAUGGCCGAGAACAUGGCGAACAUCUGCGUGGACCUCAACAAGUACCUGCACGACCUCAAACUGGAGAGAAAGAAUUAUCUGGGUGAUGUGAAGAAAUACCAGCAGAACCUGGAGGUCAGCUACAAACAGCUGGAGAACAGUAAGAAGCGCUUUGAGAAGGAGUGGAAGGAGGCAGAGAAAGCCAAUCAGCAAGCAGAGAGAAUAGGACAAGACCCCACCUCCACCAAGGCAGAUGUAGACAAGGCUAAGAUCCAUGCUCGUCAGCGUCUGGACCAGUCAGAUGACUGUAAGAACGAGUACGCUGUUCAACUGCAGAAAUACAACAAGGAACAGAACAACUUCUACCACACGGACAUCCCCACUGUUCUUAACAAGCUGCAGGGGAUGGAGGAGAGGAGGAUCAGGAAACUGGGGGAAAAUUACGCCUUGUUGGCCGACACUGAGAGGAAAACGCUGCCCUCCAUCAGCCAGAGUCUGGAGCACAUCAUCACACAGUGCAGCAGCACACAUGAGAAACAGGACUCAAUGACCGUCAUCGAGAUGCAUAAAUCAGGUCAGAUGCCCCCUGCUGAUGUAGAGUUUGAGGAUUACAGUCAAGGAACCAGAGCUGCAGUUGUGGAAAACGCACACCACGCGCCUAAAGUCCGCAUCAAACAGCUGUUUAAAAAGAACAAGCAAGGUGCCACUGGGGACAAACACAUGCCUCCUUCGACAGAUGAUUUCUCCCACUUGCCCUCAGACCAGAGAAAGAAACGUCUUCAGGAGAAAAUCGACGAACUCAAUAAGGAAUUCCAUAAAGAGACAGACCGGAGUGAAGCUCUGAAUAAGAUGAAACGGGUGUACGAGCAGAACAAUCAGCUGGGAGACCCGGCCAGUCUGGAGCCUCAGAUUACCCAAACCACACAGAACAUCAGCCGACUGAAGGCGGAUCUCUCCAGACACCAGGCCUGGUUGGCUGAGGCUGGAGGCGGCGGCGGCGGCGGCGGCACACACAGUGAUGGCCAGACCAGUCCUUAUUACCACACGGUAAUUCCCACUGAGCCAUCAGAUGAUGAUUUCCCAGGCAGUUUUGAUGAAGACUUUGAUGAAGACGUGCCCAUCGCCCAGUGCCUUGCCCUCUACAACUUUAAUGGUGUGAAAGAGGGGGAGGUGAGCAUGCAGGCCGGGGAGCGUCUCAGCAUGAUGGUGGACAUGGGAGACGGAUGGGUGAGGGUGAAGAAGACAAACGGGAACAUGGGAUACGUCCCUGCGUCCUACAUCCAGAUCAACUGAUCCUACGUCUGAUUUCUCUCCAGACUCAAAAAGAUUUUUAACUUAGAAUAUCAUGCUUAAGCUGUAAAGCAUAACAACUACAUAAAAUAUAAAAAAUAAAAAAAUCAAGAAAAACAUUAA